AUGGAUCAAAAACUGAAUACUGAUUUACAGGAAACCUUUUCCGGGUUCCAAAAACAGUUACAAUCUGUCCUGGAAACCGAUUUCUUUAGAGAUGACAGCUUGAUGAAGGGCGCUAUUCAAAUGAUACAUUCAAAAAUCAUGCAGAUGUUGCUUCAGUCGCUUAUACCGGAAGGCCUUCAUCAAGAUAUUACUACUGACACCGGAUCAAAAAAAUCGGAGAUCCGCUCGUCAGAUGCACAUCGUAUUUUGGACUUGACUUGGAAGCACGUCCAUUACCCCAUAUUCAAGUAUUUCCAAAAUUGGAGAAAUAGGAACGUUGCAGAGGGUUCCAGACCGAACUAUGCUGGUCACAGGCAAUUGAACUCUAUUCUACAAAAAAUCUUCCCACAGAUCCAUAAACUUUACUAUUCAACGCUAGAACUUAUAUUCGCAAAUUACAACCUUACUGCAUUGAUUCCCUCGGAUACUAGAUCGAAAUUGAACAUCUCAACGAAGAAACUGAACGAUGAUGCUUCAAAUGUUUUAAAACCAGAGGACUCUUUUUCUAUUGAUUGCGUCAUGGCAUCACAAAGAUGUUUACUCUACAUCGGAUGUUCCCAAAGAUAUAAGAUCAUAAUGGAACAUUUGUCCGACAGAUACCAACAGGCAGAUUUCCAGAAACCUCUGAGAUAUCUGGAUAUCGCUUCCACUAUCGUGCCAUCUGUAGGAGAAACUUUCUUACAAAGAGGUAUCUGCUACACGCAUACCAAAAAUUUCGGCAAUGCAGCUUAUCAAUUUGUUAGAAGCUCUUUGUCAAGAUUACCAAGUGAUGCUGGGAUCCCCAACUUCACAAACUUGUUAGGUGAUCCCAACGGAUCCCUAUUCAAGAAACUACUUAACUCCUUAGAUGAUUUGAAAGUGCAGGAAACUAUUAAAAAAAGAAUAAUAAACAUGGAAAUUAUGGAGUUUUAUAUUCUUCCAUUAAUCGGAUCUCAUAUCUUCCCUCAGACUUGGAAGAAUAAUAGACAUUCAGAUCGUCUGAAGCAUUUUCAAACUUUGCUUUUCGAUAAGAUAGAAAUUAGGUACAUUAAGAACAUUUCUAUGAUUUUCCAAGAUUUGAUCCUUCUAAUAGGUAGUUUCCACAUGUAUCAAAUGAUCAAUGGUGUUUCUUCAAAUACAACUUCAUCUGCUGCAACUAUUAUGCCUAAUGAUAAAACACUGAUGAACGGGAACGGAUCCGCCAACAGUAUCAAUAACAGUGGCAACAGCAAUAUUAGAAGUAUACAAUCAGAAACCAAAUUUUUAGAGUUUAUCUUCAAGUUUUUCACUCACCUCAUUGAUAAAGUCAUUAUGAAGGAAUUUAAAAACUGCGAGAUGUUUCAGUAUUUGGCAAUGGCUAGAAUAAUGAUGUGCUGGAUAAAAUCUCAUAAAAAUGUGCUAAAAUUCGCCCAUAGAUCAACUUCUUUCUGUCAGUCUAUGGUCAACCUCACAAACGAGUUACUGUCUAGUAAUGAUUUGUCGAUCAGUUUCGAACAUCUACAUAGACCGACCAGAGAUUACUUCUAUGAAGAAGAUAUCAUGUUAAAAGAAUUUGGACCUACGAAAUUCACUUUAUCUGACUUUAAUGAUGAAAAGCUCUUAUCCAUGGAUAACUUACCGGAUAGGUUAGUUGGAAAGUCAAAGAAUAAGCUUACCGCAAAGGAAGAGCACUCAUCAAGAGUCCAAGUCCUAGUUUAUUCGAACAAAAAAUUCUUAGAGAAAAAUUGUUGCGGUUUCAAAUUAGAUACGGAAAAGAAGAGAUACGUCCAUACAGCUGUUAAAAGGGUUAAAGCCAACUCACUGCCCAAUAUUGCUAAACCAGAGUCCGUAACAAAAAGCUUCUCCAUCGAUGGUGCUGGAUCGGGAAAGAUAUACCCACAGAAAAAUGGAUUCAGUGUGGCUUUCACUACUAGAGAGAACAGUAACGCAUCAGGUGGAAGUAGUAUGGACAUGUCUACAUCGCCACAUUAUACUGAAGAAGCUGUGAAAGAUAACACGACUCCUGCUAACCCUGUAUGGAAUUACAGUGGUUCUUCUGCUCCCCAACCGCCACUGAGUUUUAAUGUCACGCCAUCAUUUUCCGUCUCAACCACAGUUGAAAGAAGUGAGAAUGAAAAAUCUUUCAGUUUGUACAAUAGGACCGAGAUGUCAAAUCACGGCAACAACAGUGCUAGCACAAAUACUAGCAAUGGCUCUGUUUCAUCUCCUUUUUCAUCUAUCCAUGUUCAAAGUUCGUCCUCUUCGAUACCACUGUCUUCCACUAACACCAAUGGCAGUUCUACUGAUUCCAGAGAAAAUAGUAACGGCCUUAAUGAAGCUCCUAAACUUAAUGUCCAGAAUCUGUCCACUUUCAACUAUUUACAGAACGCUUCGCAUGAUUCUCAAAUAAGUAUAUUUGCCAGGGACAGUGUUGUUAUGUCAUCCCAGGCGAACAACUCCGCUGGUCUGUACGAACAAGCUCAACAGAGAACAUAUAUGGGCUCCCAAUAUGCCCAAUUCCAUAAUCCAUUCACUUCGUUCUCACCACAAUUUGACAACUUGCAAAAUCAAGAAAACCAUCCUCAGAAUUCAACUAAUAUCAGAAGGGACUCUCAAUUCUUUCCCAAUAACAAUGUCUCCAUUGCAGGGGAUCGUUUGCCUUCAAUGGCUGAAAAGGCUGAUGAUCAAUUCAACUUUUUCUUUUAUUCAUAG